GCAGAAUGUGCGGCAUGUUACGCGCGGUGGAUGCUGCCUUGUUCACGUUGCUUUUUAAUUUUGUCCAUCAUUUUUUGAUUCUGAGUUUUUGUUUUCGACUAAGACUAGGAAGGAUAUGAGAAGCAGUCAAGCCGAAGACAUGAAAUUCAUCGGGAGGCACCGUUAUUCAUACACUAUAGAAACAGAUGCGGCUCAAAUACUGUUUUAACAGAAGUCAUUGAGUGACAGAAUAAACUCGAUUUACGGAUAUAAAAUAAUAAUUACUUUAAAAUAAUAAAAUACGUUAACAUAAAUGUAAAAAUGCCAAAAAUGUAAAAUACGUCUCGAGUAAGGAAACCGGUUCCAUCACAACUUCAGUUUAAAAAGACGGUGCUUUGAGUCGGCAAUGGGGACGCCGUGGCUGCCCCCCCUCCUCCUCCUGCUUCUGUACUUCAGUGCCUUUACACAGCCCAGCCUCCAGAGCCUCAGGUGCCUCAACGACUUCGUCAGGAACAUCACCUGUGUGUGGAACAGCACAGGAGUGAAGCCGGACACCGUCUGUACCUUAACAGGAAAACAACAUUUAGAGCCCAACACUUGCAGACUGAUGCCUCUGGGUGACCCUGGACAAAAACUAUAUGGCUGCAACCUCUAUUUUCCGGGUGAAGUUUUUUUCUACUAUACCCCCGUUCACCUGGCAGUGCAGUGUGAGAAUUUCACAAAUGCCAUCUAUGACACAGAGUACAUGCCUGUUGACAAUGUGAAACUGCAGCCCCCUUCUGCACCCAAUAUUGAAAAUGCCAACGUCUCCUGGAUUUUUAACACGCCCCUAUUUUUGCAAGGAUUCUGCUUUCAGUUGGAAUUCAAGCAGUCAGGCUACAAAUGGGAGAACGCAGAGUCUGUAAACGUGAGAGACAUGCGGACCUCAGUGAAGAUCUCCGAGGAGAAACUGGUGAAGGGGGUCGUGUAUGACUUCAGGGUUCGGGUUCUGGUUGAUCAUGAGGGAUUUAGAGGAGAAUGGAGUGACUGGAGCCCUGUGUCCUCCUGGAGGUCUACAGCUGGGGUGUCUCCAAUAGGAGAUCUGGAUCUGGAUCUGGUGGGGCUGACGUACAGCCUCCCAGUCCUGGGAUUUUGUCUGAUCCUCAUCUUCAUCAUCAUCAUCAUCAUCAAAGUCAACCGGCCCAACUGGUUUUUCUUGUUAAAAACAGUGCCUGAUCCAUCCAAGUUUUUUGAAGGAAAUGGAGACUUCAAGAAAUGGCCUAGCCGCCUUUAUCCCCCCGAGUCCUUCUCCAUUUCCCAACAUUCCGAGGACAUCUCGCCAAUUGAGGUCUCCCUCACCAAGGAAACCAACACGCUGUUCAAGACGGACUCCACCAGACUGCCAGAACACUGGGAGAGCAGUAGCCAGUCGUCCAGCUUCUCAAACCUGGGCUACUUCUGCUCCACGCACCCUAGCUCCUAUGAGCCCUGUCAUGUUUACUUCAGCUACCAGCCAGUAGGGGGCAGUGUGAAGGGUAACACAGUUGGGGAAAGGAAUCUUGACAGUGGACCUAUCCAAAGCAGCUCUUCCUAUGAACCGCUGGAACAUCACAGUCAGCCACGACACCCAGAUUCUAACUCAACGAUGGAGGAUCAGCAGACUGAGGAUGAAGAGGAAGAUGAGGAUUCACCAGAAGCAACAUCAACCCCUACUAAUCCCUCUGGAGUCCUCCCAUUUCCAUUUCCUUGUGGACCUCCACUCUUUCCCCACAAUCUGCCUGGUCUACCUCAUUUCCCAGUGCCCUUUCCUGGACUUGAUUUGGAUACAGCACUAAGUAGAACUCCAGAACUGCUGGGGAAUGUUCUCUCCAAGUCCUCGUUGUUGAGUUUAGAGCCCUCUAGUGGUGGCUAUAUGCCAGUGAAGGAUACACACAACAGUUGCUGAAAGUCUUUCCGACAGCAGUGAUAGUAGGCAUCCAAGAGCACCUAAACAGUUCUUUGUGUGACUACUUGAGAUUAACUGUAAAAAAAAAUAUUAUGGGUAUUUCAAUAUUUAAAAGUGACCAGGUGAAUGUAUGAAAGAACAAAAAUAGACAUGAAAUGAUGGUGGUGAGAAAAAGACUAUCCGAAUCAUGUUCUCGCAGGAAAGUAAGGAAGGGGACACCACUUAACACGAACUGCGGCCAUUGCCGCGUAGGUUUCAGUUGAUUUCUGAAAGGUUGCAGCACCGUUCUGCUGGCAGACUGAAGGAUGGAGAGCAAGGCAAGUUGGGGGUGAGGAGGCGAUGGCCCCUGUCCACUCUCUGUGCUCCGACCUCCUCUGGGUUAGAGACGCCGGAGCGUAUGGACACGUGACGAGUGACGGCUGGAUGGAAUGCUGCUUUGCUGGUGCUGAAGAUGCAUUGAAAUGAGGCACCCAAGUUCCAUAUCUGUGGAUCUCAUGGACUAAGAGCUGACUGAACGCAAAUGACUGGAGUUUGAAAAGCAUAUGUAGAGAAAUAUGUGUUUGGAAAUGUGGCGAUUUUUAAUAAGCACUGAUGUUGAUGAACCGACAUCCUGUCCAAGGUGGACCCAGCCUAGUGUCCUGUGCUGCCUGGGAGAGAUUCUGCGACUCUGACCAGGAUGCAUGAUUUGAAGUUGGAUUACAUUUAGUGAUCCCAUGUUAAAGCAAUUUUAUGUAAUCUCUGAUUUUCCUAAUCUUGUUAAUAGUAGUUUGAAUAGAAGAAAUAUACAUACACUUGUUGUGCAGACCUGAUGCAGAUGCCGAUUGAUAUCCCUGCAUCCUGUCCAGGCUGAGGCGCAGCCUGGUGCCCUGCGCUGCCUGGCACAGGCUCCGGCCCCCUGGUGGCCGUGAAAGGACGAGGGGUUUCACAUUAUGAAAUGACUUUGAAUGUCAAUCAUAAGAUUGUAAGGUUUUAAUAUAUUAAUCUUUCACGGGGAUUUUAAAACAUUUAGAAAUUUUAUCAUUUUUAAAUAUUGUAAAAAUGAAGGGAAUAUUACGGUGUGGGCAUUUUUGUUAUAAGCUACAGUCUAUAAUAAUGGUGGAUCAUAAAUGUAGCAAUCACAUUUAGGGUGGCAGGGAAACAUUAAAAUUCCCAUAAUGCAUCGGUACAGCAAGAUUAAUUUGCACUCUACCCAUAUUCAUAUUUUCCUGUCUGAAUUUUUAUCAUAUGCAACAUAAGCUAACCCCUCUUUUUUGACAGUACGUUAGAGGAAUCGCAGAUGUGUCACUCAAAAAAAUACAGUUUUACAAGAUGUUACAUAUGUCACAGAUUAUUCGGAUAUUGCUGUCGUAUUAUUGAUUUAUUCGGGGAGAGUCUAGAUGAGAGAUUUUUGGAAAUAUGAUAUACAUACUGGUUCACUGGGACCCUGUACUGGAAAAGUGCUUAUGGGAGAUGGAUGGAGGGAAACACUUACAGCCGUGACAUUACAUAUUUUUACAAGUUGUAUCAAUUUUAAAGUCCAUAAGUGUUGAAUAGCUGAAAUACCUCUUAAAUGCUAAACACUUUCUGAACCAUACAAAGGUUGAGGUUGCUAGUGGCUUUAGAUGCAAUUAAAUACAGAUCUUGAUAAAAAAAAAAAAUCUGUUUUAGCGAAGAAAAAUAUUUUCUUAACAUUUCCGAUCCUUGGUAACCUACAGUAUCGGCAACACAUUUAAUCAGUACUGCUGGAAGUGGGGCUCGAAAUGCCACAAUCAGCUGGGAGUGCAGUGCUUAUGGGAACCAACUUGUAAACUGUAAAUCCAAGGAAAUAUAGGAGCACUGCAACUAGAGAACUGCACAAUUGUGACAACGUUAAUGCUGGUUGAUAAUGCAGUGUCAGGAUACCAUAGGACAUUGUACUUUUAAGCCUGUAGAUUUCAUCAAAUAACAAAUCGGCAACCGAGCAGCACAGGUGAUUUAAUAACUUAAACAUUUGGUUUACAACCAUUAGCUGUUAUGUUGCGGCGACCGAUAACUCUCAGUUUCUAAGCAUAGUGCAAUGUUUGUCGUCACCUUGGCAAUCAGUAUUUCAGGCUGCAGUUAAUGAGCGUUGCUUUGGCCAGCCUAUGUUUUCAUGCUUGUUAUCUUACUAGCUGUUGAUUGCUACCGAUGAUGCAAAAGAACCUCAGAAAAGUCUAUUGGUUGCUUCCAGGGCAGUUUCUAGCUAUCGAAAGCUUUGCCAUUAUUUUUUAUUUUUUUGAAGAAAGAUUGGAAUCGGGUAUAACGUGGGGCUUGUUUGGGCAAUUUCCAUAAGGCAUCGCCGAGAAGAUAAAGUAAGAAGGUCUGUGCGACUUGCCUUCUAUUCUUCAUGAAAGAUAGUCCAUAUUACCUUGUGAAAAACUAUUAAUUUCAUUAUUCGCAAACAUGAAAACAAUAAAACAAGGCACAGGACAUAGAAUUACAAGCGUAAACAGAUGUAUGCGGUCAAAAGAAACUGCGAUUCCCUAUUCACCCUCUCUCUAGCUCCAAUAGCGAGUGCUCAGGUAAAUCACAAUCCACCGCGUCUAACACCACGUGAUGCACACACCCCUACCGUAAAACAGUGAAAGCGAGCGCAACAUAAAUGUGACUCCAACAAGGAUAUAGCCCUGCGUGAUCGACCUAAGGACGCCUAUGGUUGGUGGACUUUCGCCGUCAAGCUCCUGUUCCCGUGCCUAUGCAUGCAAAUGUAUCCUGUCAUACAUGAUUUGAACGAAGAACUGAUUUGUUAAUGUUAUAAUUUUAGUUGUCACUGAUGAGCUGUAAGUCUUAUUCAAUAAAAUCAGCAGCUUUAUAAAUAAAUGUAUCUCAUUUAUAUAUGAUA